AUGCAAAAUAACAUGUUGAAGAAAUUUUAACAAAAGUAAUAAUAUUUAAAUAUAAGUAGAAAAAGUAAAAAGUUGAUUAAGAUGAGAAAUUUUUAUAAGAAUUACCAUUCCCAUUAUUUAUAGUUAAUAUCAAAUCAUAAAUACAUUGGUCAAAUAAAAUGGCUAGAGAAUUGACUGUUAAUUGUGGUGUUAAAUAAGGAGGAUCAUUAAAAGAGAUAUUUUAAGAUUAAGACUUAUUUUUAUAAUACUUAAAUUAAGAUUCUAAAUAAUUGAUUGUUUAAAUGAAUACUGUUUUAAUUUAAUAAUCUCUUGAAUAAAAUUUAAUUAUGCAAUAAAAUAAAAAUCUUCCAUAAUAAUAAUAGUAAUAACAAACUACAUAAAUAAAUACUGAUCAUAAAUUAUCUAAAUACUAAAAUCAGAAAGAAGAUAAUCUAUAAAAAUCAAUUCAUAAAUAUUUAAAUGUAGCAUGUUUAACAUUAAAUUCUCUUAAAAUAACAGAAUAAAUUUAAAAAGAAGUAAUACUUUGAUUUAGUUUUAGAUAUUAACAGUUUUAAUUAAACCAUUUAAAAUCAAUUAAAUGAGAUUAUUUAUGAUAUGUAUAAAUGCAAAUAAAACAUUUUAGUAAAAUAAAGUUCUUUAAAAUCAUUUAAUCUAAUAAAUUAAAUAAAAGUAAAUUUAUAUAAUUAAUAAAUUUUAGUGGAUAAUAAAUGCUUGUAAGUUUAUAAUAAGAUUUUUAAAAAUGGGAUAAUAUGAGAAGUUUAGAAAUAAUUAGAGAAUCAGAUUUGAAAGUGAUUUCUUAAUCUAUAGUAGAUUUAUAUAAGAUAAUUUUUGAAUUUGAAACUUAUGAGGUAUCAACAAGUUUCUUUCCAUAAUCAAACUUAAUAAAUUUUUAAUGUACAAAUCAUUAUAUAAAUUUUUAGUUAAAGGAUUAGUAACUUAUUUAAUUGAAGUUUUUGCUGGUAGAUAUUUAUAAAAAUUUACUAGCAUAAAUCUAUACUUUGAUAAUAGUAUUUAAGAUAAAAUGAAGGGUAAUUCUACUAAUUUUUCUUUAAUAUUUAUGAGUAUUUUAGAAUUAAUAGCAAAAUAUUCUGGAGAUAAAAAACCAUCUCUAAAAAUUAAUUGUAAUUUAGAUUAAGUAACAGAUUAAAAUAAAGCAUAUUAAAUUUAAUUGUAAUUUUUGUGGAGACAAGAUGAUGAAUUAGACUAAAUUUUUAAAGAAUUCUUUCAUUAAUAAGUUAUGCCAAUGGAUGUUGAUCCAUAGGUUUAACGUUAUUUGAUGACAAUUAAAAAAUUAUAGAGUUAUUCUGCUAUGAAAAUAUUUUAUAUUGAAUAAUCUGUUGAAUCUAUUGAAUUAUUAAGUGAACUACAUAUUUUUGUAGAUUUUUAUAUAAGUGAUUCUGAAGAAUCAAAUUAAUAAGUAUAUUAACCACCUCAAUUACAAAUUACUUUUAGUAGAGAAUUUGUUGGAUAAAACCCAAAUGAAAUUAUGUGGCAACCUAAAAAAUAACCUUAAGUGAUUGUUGAUAAAAAUCAUUAAGCCAUAAUACGACCAAUUAAACCUAUGCCUCCAACCUUUUUUAACAAAUAAAAUUUACCAAUUAAUGUAGAAGCAAAAUAACCUAAAAAAUAAGAUGAGAAUAUUGAAGAUGAAGUUGCUAUAUAAAAAAAAUAAAAAGUUAUUAGAGAAUUGAUUUAAGCAUAAUUUACUAAAGUUGCACCACGUCUUUCUGAAAAAAUAGCUUAUUUAAUUAAAAAGAAAUUAGAAAGUUAAGUUAAUAAAUUUUAAGAUAUUUAAUUUGUUGGAGAUAAUGAAGAUAAACUUGAUAAAGAAGAUUAUUAUUAAGGGAAUGAAGAGUAAUCAGAUUAUGGAACUAGUGAAGGUAUAAAGGGAAAUAGUUAUGAUGAUGAAGGAUAAUCAUAAACUACUCCUAAUCUUGAUUCUGUUCCUACUAAUAGAAGAUUUAUGAAUAUUCCUUAUUAAAGUGAAUUUUCUAAUAUUGAUUCUCGAGCUACAAAUUAAAUGCUUUAAGGUUCUGAUUUAUCAAUAAUUACAUACAAAAAACUUAAAAUAGAUUAAAUUAUUGAAGAAAUUAAGUCUAAUCAAAUUGACACUGCUGAUUUCAGUUAAAUUACAAUGAAUGAAUAAUUUAUUCUAAAAAUUGCAGAAUCUUUAGAAAAGAAUAAUUCACUUAAGACUUUGAAAUUUGUUAAAUGUGAUCUUAGCGAUUAAAUACUUAUAAAAAUCUUAGAUUCCAUUACAAAAACUUAGUAAAAAUUAUUCUAAAUUAGAAUCGAGAGUUUGCAUUUAUAAUAUAAUUUAUUAUAAGAAAAAGCUUUGAAUCAUCUCAUUAGUUUAAAGUAGGGUUUAAAAGAAUAUCCUGUAAAAGAAUUACAUUUUCACAGUAAUCUAGUAAAAGAAAUUUAAAUUAGCAAAGAGAAAGCAUAAUUAUCAAAUCUAGGAAUAAAAGUAUUAAUUGGUUGA